AUGCAUAAUUCCAUAAACGAUGAUUUAAAUGUGGAAAAAAUAAUUGUGGUUCCACCCGAUGGUGGUUGGGGUUGGGUCGUUGUUGCUGCUGCUUUUAUUUGCAUUCUUAUCAUGGAUGGAAUAUCCACAUCAUUUGGAAUAUUAGUUCCAGUUUUUCGGGAUGAAUUUAAUGCAUCAGUAUCUCAAAUUUCACUUGUUAAUUCUCUUUUUACGGGAAUUUAUUUCAUAUUUGCUCCCAUUGCGGGGAGUUUAUCCAACAGGUUUGGAUUUCGACCCGUCAUAAUUGCUGGAAGUUUUGUUUCUUCAUUUGGCUUAGCAAUAUCCAUAUUGACGGAUUCCGUUCAAAUGCUUUUUGUAACUUAUGGACUUAUCGGAGGACUUGGAUUCAGUAUGAUGUACAUGAAUGUUGUUUUGACAGUUGGAUUUUAUUUUGAAAAAUGGAGAGCUCUUGCUACUGGAAUUACUGUGAGCGCAAGCGGAGUCGGAACAUUUUCUUUUGCUCCAGUCAUUGAAAUUCUAAUACAAAGAUACACUUGGAGGCAAAUAUUUAUCGGUUAUUCUGGUUUGGUGUUUUCGUGUUCUAUAGUAGCCAUUUGCUUUCGUUCUCUUCCUCCUAUAACACUUGAAGAAUCUCGCGUAUUUGACAAAUUAAGAAAAAAUGAAAAAACAGUUCGAUCCAUGCAUAAUGCAAGAUAUCCUACAGCAGCAGAAGCUGUUAAUAUUAAUCAAUUAAAGGGAAGCAAAGUGACUUUAUUAGCAAGUAGAAUGGAUUCAUUUGAAAGUUAUGAAAUUGUUAAACCCACUAAAGAUAAUUCAACGCGAAAUUCUGAACUUAAAAGGAGAAUGACAGAAUUUAGUCAAAUUCAAUCUUCUAACGAUUUUACCGUAAACGAGGGAGACAAAAAAUUCAGGUGUUGUACGUGCUGUACGCAUUCUUGUAAAUAUUUAAAAAGAUGUUUUAAAAGAAAGAAAAAUCUUGGAGUGAGGCCAUUGUAUAGAGAUGAUAUAUUUUAUGAUGGUAGCAUCCUUCAUUUGCCGGCAUACGAAAAAAGUUCUAAAAUGUUGAAAUCCGGAAGCCGUCAACUUAGUAAUACAUUUAACAGUUCUUUCCUUUAUAAUUUGUCGGUAUCGAGGUUACCGACGUAUCGAGAUUUAGAACAAGAAAGAGAUAAAAAAUGUCAUUUGUUUCCAGAAAGUAUAAGUCGUACUCUAAAAACAAUGUUUAAUUUUAGAGUCGUCAAAUAUCCUCAGUUUUCAAUUUUCUCCGUUUCUACUAGUCUUCUCGCCAUCGGCAUUAAUGUACCUAAUUAUUUUACAUACGUCAGAGCCUUGGAAUUAAACGUGAUGAGCCCAAGCGAUGCUUCUUUAUUACUUUCCGCCAUGGGUAUCACAAACACGGUUGGACGUGUUAUUUGUGGAAUAAUUGCCACAAUUCCAAAAUUGAAUUUAAUCAUUUUUCAUUUUGCUUUUGUUUUUUUUGGCGCUCUUUUAAAUGCCGGCGUCGUUUUUUUAAAUUCAAAAGUUGCUUUUUUUAUUUAUGCUUCUUUAUAUGGAUUCGUUCUCGCUGAACAAGGAUCUUUACGUUCUAUAAUAUUAGUGAAAUUAGUAGGUUUGGAAAAUUUGACAAAUGCUUUUGGAAUUAUAUUAUUAUUUUUAGGAGUUUUUACUGUAGUAGGAACUCCUGCAGCAGGAUAUGUGAUGGAAUUAACUGGAUCUUAUGACUCUGUUUUUAUAUUUGCAUCCUUGUUUCUUCUUUUCUCUGCAUUGACUCUUAUUCCAAUAUUUGAUACAAAAUCACAGUGUCAAAGGUUUUACAAAAGAGCUGGGAGGAAUGAGGAAAUCACAAGUCGAAAUCUAAGCCCAAUAAGAGCUGAAACAAGUUUUUAA